AUGUAUGUUCAUCGCUCUUAUAUGUACACGGGGGAUACUGACUUCAGCCUGUUCAAGGGAAUCACCAUUGACAGCGAGAACCAUGGCCAGCACAACUUCCUUGUGAAAUCUCCCGCGGAGGCAUCUGCCAUGGACUAUGUCGUUUGCGCGCACAAAGCCAUUGAUCAAGACGAGGUGGCGGCCCAGUUGAAGCCCGUCGUAGACCCUGGCCGAACCACGAUUGUGGUCAUUCAGAACGGCGUUGGCAAUGAGGAGCCAUUCCGGAAGCAGUUCCCCCAAAAUUCGAUUCUCACCUGCGUGACCUGGGUGGGGGCCAUACAAAGCAGUCCAGGCGUGGUCAAGCAUAUGAAAUCCGAGGAUAUGCAGAUUGGUCUCUUCCCCAACUCAGAGAUCGACAGCUCCAUUGAGAAGAAACGCCUCGAUACCUUCGCCGACCUCCUCCGGCACGGCCAGACCCGUUUCCAAGUCCUCGAGAACAUGCAGCAACAACGAUGGGAGAAGGUUGUUUGGAACGCGGCGUGGAACUCGCUGACCACGCUGACUAUGGUCGAUACGCAAACCUGGCUGCACUCUUCACCCGAUGCGGAGCCUUUCACUCGCUCACUAAUGCGAGAAGUUAUUACCAUUGGGCGUGCUUGUGGUGUGCCAUUGGAGGACGAGUUGGUUGAUCAGCUGAUGGAUAAGAUCAAUGCUCUACCUGGUAUUGGGAGUAGUAUGCAGACGGAUUGCAAGUCUGGCAGACCGAUGGAGAUUGAUGUGAUUCUAGGCUUCCCCGUGCGUAAGGCUAGGGAACUGGGUAUCUCGGUGCCGUAUCUGGAGACCAUCUAUGUUAUUCUGCGAGCUGUGGAUGGCCGGCUGCGUGCCGCACUAUAG